UAUCAACUUUGGAAGCUCGUCUGAGUACCUCCUGCCCUUCGAGCAUCAGCUUUGAAAUUGCUUCCUAGUUCCAUCUUCCCUAAUUCUCUCCUGAGCGCUGCCCUCGACUGUGACGCGGAUGCAGGCUUCGGUGCUCUCGGCGAAGAACUACUCCACCCGGAGCACCACUGAGCGCCCGUGACUCUUCUUGACCUGCCUCUCUUCCUGUCCUCAAACCCACGACACUAUUCACCCUCAAAUCUCCCUUAUUUCCCUGUUGAUGUAACACCCGUUCCUUCCAGACCGGCGAUCGACCGUGUCAACUCUCGCGUCGUCCAACCUUCCUCUGUCGACAUCAACUGGGAGAACAGGGUCCACAACGAUUUCAACAUCAAAUCGCACUCACAGUCGCAAUGGGCUGGUGGCGUCGCAAUCCCUCUCUCUGGUACCGCUCCCCCCUGCACCGCUACGUUCGUCGCUCCCUCCUCGACAACGAGGCUGCGCUCCGGAGCCGCUGCUUCUCUAAGGCGCCACCUCAACCCACCCAGCACAAGGACGACGAUGAAGGCGGAAAGCGUCCCCCAGGAAUAUCGGGUCUCGAGUGGGUCCAGCUUCAGCACUACCGGCGCUGGAAGCAACGGUUGAACGAGGAUCCGUACCAUGUCUUGUUCGGAGCGAGCAAUGACAUGCUCAAGGGGAAGGGACUAAAGAACUGGGAGUGGAUGUACAAGGUCUUUCCGAAAUGGAUGGUGAAGGAUAUGGACUUCCCGGAGUGGUCCGGACGGGAGAAACGGACGGAGGCCCAAAAUAACGGAUCUUUGGGGAAGACCGCUGGCAAUUCUCCCUAUCCUUCCCCGCCAUCGUACACCAGCAUGAACGCAGCUUCCGAUGCGACAUACCCGAGGAAGGUCAACAUCGAUAGCGGGGAUCAAUCAAAGUCGCGGAACCCUAGCUGGAAGGCACGGGAAGCUACUUUCAAGACUACCCGUAUUGACCGAUCCGGAGAAUCAUCAGGUGUAGCAUCUCCUUCAGACCCUCGGCGACCACAGGAACGAAGCGAGCCAUAUCGCAAGGACGACGCCCAGAAUUCUGAGUGGGUGUAUGGCAAGACGGCUGGUUGGAGGGUUGGAGCGUCUACUCCUAAAGAAGCCACUCCUUUGAAUGACACAUCUCGAGUCUCCAAAACGGCAACCCGGCCAAGUUCUAUUAGCGAGAACGACACCGCAUCUAGGGAAGAGGCAUCGACUCGAGAGGCGGCAUUCAUCAAGGAAUUUCUUGCAGACUCACCUGGCCCUCCCAAGACUGUCUUAGGAUUGGAGAACAAGACCAAGGAUUGGAGAGAAACAGUCCUAGAACGACGCACAUCACCCGGAUAUGCCCCGAAGCCUAGGAAGGCUGAAUCAGCUUCGACUGACACACCUAAACACACCCAGGACGAUGGAAUCAGCAGUCAACCUCCUGAGCUCAAGUCUCUGUCGACAAGUGAACCACCAGGGCAUCGAUUUUGGCCGGCUAUGUCAAAUCGUGGACAGUCUCCUACCGAGGACCUAUCCCCAAUUCCUUCUUCUCAAUCUCCAGGGAAUGGCAGUGAAAUGGAAGCCCACCGCCCGAUCCUAAAGGCAGAGGUCGCAUUUCCAGAAGACCCAGACCGAGUUAUUAAAGUUAGCCAUAGGCAUUCCGAGACUGGAGAGUGGACUCAGACUUCCAUUCACGUUGACGAUCAUGAUUAUUCCCUUCCUUCUGUCCUACAAAUUUUGAACAAGAAACCUAUUUCCUCUGUAACCCCAGGUAUGGAGAAAGCUAUGAAAGAGCUUGGAAAGGAAGAGAAGCCCUUUAACGUGGAUAGACCUGUUGAUCUGAAGAACUUGUCCGAAGCUGCGAGGAUUGAGUGGGCUACGAGGAGAUGGAAUGAAAAGAAGGUAAGAGAGCUUGUAGGAGAGAGUGAGAGCCCUUCUUUGAAAUACGCCAAGCUUGCUGAUGGCUCAUUCGGCCCCAUGCAGGGUGGGGAGACUCAAGUUCCGGCAGAGCAUCAGCAAACGAUGAAAGGUGAUGAGGGCCUUGCCCACCAUGGAAAGGCAUCUCAUAAAGGAGAUGCAGAGGAGACCACAUCUCCCGCUGGUUCUAGAUGUACCUCUGAUGUGCUUAGCCAGCUUCCCCAGGAUGACAUAGAUUUCCUUUGUGCAAGCGACAUCCGAGCAUCGAUGGGAGUAAAAAAGAGUAACAAAGGAACUGCACAUGAACAGACCACGACCAGACGGAAGCUCGAAGAGGAAUUCAAGGGUACGCAUAAAAAAGAGUCGGUCAUCAAUCCCUUGCCUGAGGCUAAGAUGCUGAAUGAUCAGUAUGCGCGACGGGUAGAACGAGAACUGAAGGAGAAAGAGAAGGUCGUCGUCCCGGAGCCUGGUACUCACCCAACCACGGCCUCCACCUCAGAACCAGUGCUGGAAAUGAGCUUGGACCGCAUGACUAAAUGGCUGCAAGCCGGGGGGGAUGUCUUCACCAAGCAUUUCUGGUCGGAUCCUAUUCAAGCGACGGAGUCGGAUCGAAAUAAUAGGACUACUGCGCCUGACCCUCUUUUAGCAGCCAUUGGUGCCGGAUUGCAGAAGGGUCGCAAUGCCAUCCAAGGUGUCAAAAACGAGUUGGAGGUUGAUCUACCCUGCAGUAUCCCCUUGCUGAAGAGACUUGCAGCCAACGAAAGAGAUGUCUUCGCCAUUCUUGAUCACUUGUUCCGACAUCAGCUGAAUUCGUCUGCACGGCCUUCUACAAUACUAUCGAGUGAAAGACUUCAAGCUAGAAUCCAGAGGCUUCGACAGGACUUGGUGAUGACGGAGAACGAGUGCGAGGAUGCUCUUCGCAUCCUGAAGACCUCCAAGCCUCCCACCAUGACCUCGGCUGCCAUGACCGAGCGUCUGAACAGUGGUGCUGUUCUCUUGCAGAGAAAUGCCAAGCUGACGCGGAGAUUGAUACUGGGGCUCCAAGAACGCCUAGAAAGCCUCCGAGAAGACCCCUCAGAGCCUUUAUUCUGGGAAAUCGGUCACCGCCUUCUUGCUUUGCAGGAUACGCAGGUUUCCCUGGCGAACCUUGUUCAGCAUUCCCUGCAGGUGUAUUGUGUGGGCUCGAAGAACACGGAUGAGGUGGCUCAAGUGUUGGCCGGAGGAGGUGGCCUCACGAAUUCGAAGGACAUCUGGGAUAUUUCUUCUACUUCUCGUUCAAGCGUUCUUGAUGCCACCUUCAAACAGAUGCCCGAGGAGGAGAUCCAAUCCCAAAAAGCUGCUAUGCGAGGUCUUUCUGAGGACGGUAGCUCGAGGGCUCCAAAGCCUCCCCGACAGACAACCUUCAAUCAAGUCAGCCCGUUGGCACACAGUACGUUUAGACCUUUUGGCUCGCAAUUGGAAAAUCUAGGGAGGGAGGCCGAUGCUGCCGCUGCUGAGGCAGAUAGCGUUGGUGUGGAGGACACCUGGGCGAAGAAACAGCAGUUGCUAAAGGAUCAUGUUCUUGUUCACAAAGUCCGCAAAAGUUAUGGGGAUAUGUAUGGCCCCAUCGCCGUAAGUCAUCGGCAGGUUACAGGAGCUGAGGGGGCUCCUGGGGGUUUCACUGAGGGAGUGGAAAAAUGGUGCCAAGACCAGCAGAAAGUCAACCCUGACAACGCUUCUGAGCCCACAACAGCAACAAGCUCCGACGUGACUGCGCAAAGCACUCCAGCUGAAGAAACUCUUUCUGCCUCGCUAUCACAGAAUCCUGCCGCCCCUUCAGCUGCCCUCCCGCCCACUCACGAACCACCGCAUCAAGAUGCAAUUUCACCUGCUCAAGCAAAAGCUUCACCUCUUGUAGUGCCAGAGACCCCGCUGCAACGACUUCCCACUAGUGAUUCUCUAGAUUCCGCACCUGCGCAAGACGAGAGUACGGUUCAUCUUUCGGCCGCCGGCGAUAUUUCACCGCCUCCUGCGUACGCAUCGGAGGACUUAGUAAUGGGCUGUCCCCUUUCUAAUUCAGAGACAGCCGCCGCAGCGCAAAAGAACUCCGGACCCUGCACCUGGAAAGUACUCUCGUACAACGCGACCACGGACGACGUUUCGGUCAUCUCGACCAUUACGACCGACCACCCAGUUUCAACGGCCUCCAUCUCCCUACCCGAAGCCCUCCAGCGCCUAGAGAAGCCAGUGAAGUUCCUCCCGCAUUUGCCGCACGGCUUCGACAUCGUCGCGAUGAAGUCAGAUUUGCUGGUCAUCCGCGAAUCCCAUGAGCCGGGUACAGUGAUUCAGGAUGCGAAGGUGGUGACGGAGAAGGAGGCGAGAGACGAGGAGUGGUGCAGGAUCAACCCUGUAGACGGCACAACUCGGCUUUCGCCGACGGGGUUUGUGGGUGUGGAUGAUGAUUUGAGGGAGGAGGUGCGGAGGGAGAUUGAGGAGGUGAGGAAGAAAAGGGAUGAGAGGAGGUUGAGGGAGGGGAAGGGAGAAUUGGGAAGGGGGAAGAAGGAUAAGGGGGAGAGGAGAAGGAAGGGUGGGGCGGUGGCGGGGAUAGUGAAGACGGGGAUUUGGGCGGCCGCGGCCUGCUACGUGGCUGGGGUUUUAGGGGAAUUGUUUAGAUAG